AGUUGGAUCAACGUUGAGUUAUUAGUUAAAUUUAUUGCUGAAAUUAAAAAAAUUACGAAGGUAUUUAGAGGGAUCGAUGCUAAUUUUGAAAUAUUAGCCAAUCGUCUUGAUAUUGAAGCCCCAUUAGACCCAUUAAUUAGAAAAGAAGAAUUUUAUCAAAAAUUUAUUCAUUUCAAAUUAUCUGAAAUAUUGGCGCGCUGGUCAGCCAUUUCAGAAUACUAUUAA